UGACGUCGCGGCCCGCCCUCUUCUCGCCUUGUUUGGCUGUUCGAUGCGGAGGCCGGUGUUCGGAGCCGAGCCGCCCAGCGACGCCGAGAAACGCUCCGGGUCCGCGGGAUUGCCACAGGUUAUGAGCCUCCAUGAAUACGAGGAAACGCCACGGCUCCCGAAACACUGAGGAAGGCGUUUACCUGGGGCCAUCCCAGACGCAAACUUUCUCUCCGCUUGGUGGUGCUCCUCCUGCGGCCGCCCCCACCGCCGCCCCCAUCAACCCUCCCCAACCUCAGUGGGAAGCCAUGUCAUGCCAGGACCGCACUCACGAGUUCCGCUCGGCCUGCAAGUCCUUGCAAAGCAGAGAAAAUGGGCUUCAUGUGAACAAGCCGGCACAGAGUGGAGCCAUCCGGCAAAGAAGUGAAUUUACCCUCAUGGCCAAGCGGAUUGGGAAGGAUCUCAGCAACACUUUUGCCAAGCUGGAAAAGCUAACAAUUUUGGCCAAACGGAAAUCGCUCUUCGACGACAAAGCAGUGGAGAUAGAGGAGCUGACUUACAUCAUCAAGCAGGACAUCAACAGUCUGAACAAACAAAUCGCACAACUCCAGGAGUUUGUCAAAGCCAAAGGCAGCCUCAACGGGAGACAUGUUCAAACGCACUCCAACACGGUGGUCGUCUCUUUGCAGUCGAAACUGGCUUCCAUGUCCAAUGAUUUCAAGUCGGUUUUGGAGGUGCGGACGGAGAAUCUUAAGCAGCAGAAGAGUCGGCGAGAGCAAUUUUCCCGUCCCCCGGUGGCCAAUAUGCCUCUCCAGGCAAACAACCUAGGGGGUUCCAGCGUGCUUCAGGACGAACGCCGGUACUCGGGAGACGUGGCCAUUGACAUGGACAAUCGGACGAGUCAGCAGUUGCAACUUAUCAAUGAACAGGAUUCGUACAUCCAGAGCCGGGCGGAUACGAUGCAGAACAUCGAAUCGACCAUCGUAGAGCUGGGCUCCAUAUUUCAACAACUGGCACACAUGGUUAAAGAACAGGAAGAGACGAUCCAGAGAAUUGACGCCAACGUAGAAGACACCCAGCUGAACGUGGAGGGCGCCCACAUGGAGAUCCUGAAGUAUUUCCAGUCGGUCUCCUCCAACCGGUGGCUGAUGGUCAAGAUCUUCCUCAUUCUGAUCGUCUUCUUCAUCAUCUUCGUGGUCUUCUUCGCCUGACGGAGGAGGGGGCUCGACCUCCCGCCCCCCCUUUUCCUCGUCGUACUCCCUGAGCCGCGACAGACACUGGACACUGCCACGUUUUGCCGGAGAGAGGCGCAGGGCUGCCCCGAAACCCGUGGCCGGCGACCCGCCCUGCUCCCCUUCGCUCGCGGUUCCUACGGCCCGGAAACGAGCGGAUGGGAGCGCGAGAGCAUUUGGGAACGAGGCUGCGGACGGAACCCCCGUCGAACGGGACUCGGCCCGCGGAGCGCAUGUUAGUGCCGUGUUUCUCAACCUGGCCAGGUUUUGAGACGGGUGUGUAUGUGUGGAUGUCAACUGCUAGGAUUCCCCAGCCGGCAGGCUUUAAGAGCGGGGAGGGGACUUUCCAUUCCUGAUUGGGGGAAUUCUGGGAGUUGAAGUCCACCCGUCUUCAAGCUGCCAGGCUGAGCAACUGUGGGGUAGUGGGACCAGUAUCUUCCUCCUCCUCCCUUUUGUCUGUCUGUGUGUGUGUGUUUUCCCCAUCCUCAGAUCUGCUCAGAUCUGCUCACUGCAACCUUUUUUUUUUUU